GAUAAAUGUCUCUUUCUCUACAUUUGAUCUUCAUCUGAGUUUUCCUUCUUCAUCUUUCAAAACUGGGGCUUCUACAAAAACAAUCACUUCCUUAUCUGCUUUCUUAUUUGAACUUUCUGGAAACAAAAGGCAUAGAGAGAGACAGAGACCACUUUGUUGUUCUUUUUUAGCAACUCGCAAAAAAAAAACUCUCUGAGGAUUGGAUUGACUCUUGUGUGAGAGAGAUGAUGAUGUUUAACGAGAUGGGCAUGUAUGGAAACAUGGAUUUCUUCUCUUCCACUUCUCUUGGAGAAAUCGUUGUGUGUCCAUUGCCACAAGCUGAACAAGAUCGUCCAGUGGUUGAAGAUGAUUACACAGAUGAUGAGGUCGAUGUUGAUGAGCUUGAGAGAAGGAUGUGGAGGGAAAAAAUGCGUCUAAAACGCCUCAAGGAGCAGCAGAGCAAGUGUAAAGAAGGAGUCGAUGCUUCGAAGCAGAGACAGUCACAAGAGCAAGCUAGGAGGAAGAAAAUGUCAAGAGCACAAGAUGGGAUCUUGAAAUACAUGUUGAAGAUGAUGGAAGUUUGUAAAGCUCAAGGCUUUGUUUACGGUAUCAUCCCUGAGAAAGGGAAGCCAGUGACUGGUGCUUCUGAUAAUCUUAGGGAAUGGUGGAAAGAUAAAGUCAGGUUUGAUCGUAACGGUCCAGCCGCCAUUGCAAAGUACCAAGCAGAAAACAAUAUUGUUGGGGGGAGUAUUGAUUGUAAUAGUUUGGUUGGACCAACACAACACACACUUCAGGAGCUUCAAGACACAACUCUUGGAUCGCUUUUGUCUGCGUUGAUGCAACACUGUGAUCCUCCUCAGAGACGGUUUCCUUUGGAAAAAGGUGUUCCACCACCGUGGUGGCCUAAUGGGAGAGAAGAGUGGUGGCCUCAGCUUGGUUUGUCUAAUGAUCAAGCUCCUCCUCCUUAUAAGAAGCCUCAUGAUUUAAAGAAAGCUUGGAAAGUCGGUGUUUUGACUGCCGUUAUCAAGCAUAUGUUGCCUGAUAUAGCGAAAAUCCGUAAGCUUGUGAGGCAAUCGAAAUGCUUGCAGGAUAAGAUGACGGCGAAAGAGAGUGCGACUUGGCUUGCCAUUAUCAACCAAGAAGAGGCUCUGGCUCGGGAGCUUUAUCCCGAGUCAUGUCCUCCUCUUUCGACUUCAUCUGUGGGAAGUGGAUCUCUUCUUAUCAAUGAUUGUAAUGAGUAUGAUGUUGAUUGUUUCGAGAAGGAACAGCAACGGAGUUUCGAUGUGCAAGAGCUAAAACCAGAGAUAGUGGUGGGUAUGAAUCAUCCAACAUACUUUGGGAUUGGUAAAAUGCAACCUUUUUCUGUAAAGGAAGAAGUCGUGGCCGCCGUGGAUUUUGCUAGGAAGAGGAAGCAGAACAACGAUCUUAAUGUUAUGGAUAUAGAGAGACCAGGUUUCACUUGUGAGAAUGGUCAGUGUCCUCACAGCAAAAUCAAUCUUGGAUACCAGGACAGGAGCUCAAGGGAUAAUCACCAACUGGUCUGUCCAUACAGAGAGAAUCGCUUAGCAUAUGGAGCAGCACCGAAGUUUCAUAUGAGUGAAGUGAAGCCAGUAGUUGUAUCACAACAGUCACAACCCUUUCCUCAGCCUGUCCAACCGAUCGACCUAUCAGGCUAUGGAGUUCCGGAAAAUGGACAGAAGAUGAUCACUGAGCUUAUGGCGAUGUAUGACAGAAAUGUGCAGAGCAGCCAAGCUCCAAGUCAGAGAUUGACCAUUGAUGCAGCAGCAGCUCAGAAUUAUCAAGAACCACAGCUUAGUUUCGACCGCAGUCAGAUGUUUAUGCAACAAGGGAACAGUGGGAUUAAGCUUGAUAACAAUCAGUUCCAGAUGGUGUAUGAUUCCACAACGUUUAAUAUUGCAUCGUUCGAUUACAAAAAUGAUUGGCAAGGUGUAGUUAUGGAAGGAAUGGGGAAGCAGCAGCAAGAUGUAUCAAUAUGGUUCUGAGUGUAAUCUCGUCUCUGCAACAUUCUUUCUUAUUACCAGUUAAGUUAAACUCCAUGUUACUUGGAGUUUGUAUUUUAUUGGCUCCAACACUCAUCUAUAUUGUUCAUGAUGAUGAAGCCAUCUUUUUUUUCAUGAAGUCAUUGAGUCAUCUUAUAUUUAAUAAACUCAUUAUCAUUUGGUCAUCUUUGUCAAUACUAUCUGAGAACCAUGAUAAUAAG